AUGGCAGCAUCUAGUAAAUUUGAUCUGUCAUCUGGUAGCCCAGAUAGGCCAUUAUACUCCACUGGGCAGCGGGGAUCCUACACAGCUGCUUCAUUGGACAGAUCGGGUAGCUUCCGGGAGAACAUAGAGAACCCAAUCCUAUCAGCUCUUCCAAAUAUGUCAAGAAGUAGUUCAGCUGUAACACAGGGAGAUGUGAUGAAUUUUACUCGGUGCUUGCAAUUUGAUCCAAAAUCAAUGGUUGCAGACCAUAAAUUAAAUCGACACGGGGAUUUUAGGCGACUUACAAGUGCUGCUCUUUGCGUUUCGCCAGAUGAUUCUCCUUCUGCUUCAUUGAAAGGAAAACUGACACCUUCUCACCCACCUGAGGAACUAAAACGACUCAAGGCUGGGCUUCGUGAAAGCUAUAUUAAGGCCAGGGAACGUGUGAAGAUAUUCAGUGAGGCCUUGGCUGCAAUGAACAAGUGUUUCCCAGUUGCAUCAAGAAAGAGAUCUCGAUCGGAUGUGUUGUCUGGUGACCGAUCAAAUGCUUUAAUCCCAACUGAUAGGUCAGGUUUGGGGACAGGCGUUGGUAAGAUGGGGGCCCAGAGUCAUACCAUUGCAACUAGUUUUGAACUUGAGCAACAAAAACCAGAGGAGAGGACCAAAAAUGCUGUUCCAAACAAACGCACCCGAACUUCUAUGGUGAUGGAUGUGCGGGCAAAUACUCCUACAAGGCCAUCCGGGAAUGUAGAUAGGGAUAGGGAAUUGGUAAGAGCUCCAAAUAGUGGUGCAGUUCAGUGUGAGGAUCGAACAUUAUCCAUAGGUGUCGAUGGUUGGGAAAAGUCAAAACUGAAGAAGAAGCGUUCUGGGAUAAAGCCAGAUGGUGCUCCAAGUGCCUUGACAAUGAAACCUGUUGAUGGCUACCGCGAACCCAAACAAGGAACACAGCCAAGACUUCUUGCUGAUGCACGAUCAAGGUUAAAUGAUACACAUGGCUUCAGGCCUGGCAUUGCGAAUGGGGCUGUUGGAGUUGCAAAAGCUGAUAGCACCUCGCUCCAGACCGGAUUGGGCCUGCGUUCUUCAAUCCCUAGGGCUGACCAGGAUAAUAAUGCCCUUCUUAAUGAAAGAAGAGAUCGUCCUACUAGUUCAGAGAAGGAAAGAUUGAAUCUUAGAGCUGUUACCAAGACAAAUGCUCGAGAAGAUUUGAGUGCUGGUAGUCCUACCUCAACCACAAAACUAAAUCAAAGUGCUCGAGCUCCACGGUCAGGUUCAGGUGUUUUACCCAAGUUGUCCCCAAUGGUUCAACGGGCAGCUGCCGCUAAUGAUUGGGAACUUUCUCAUUGUACAAGCAAGCACCCUGCAGCUGUUGGGGCUAACAAUCGUAAACGCACACCCUCGACACGGUCUUCAUCACCACCUGUUGCCUGGGCUGGCCAGAGGAAUCAAAAGAUGUCCCGUAUAGCCAGAAGAACUAACUUUGUGCCUAUCGUUUCUAGUAACGAUGAAAGCCCUGCUUUGGAUGCUAUAUCUGAUGUUAGUGGUAUUGAGAAUGGACCAGGAUUUGCGAAACGCUUUUCUGGCAAUUCUCCUCAGCAAUCUAAAUUAAAAGGUGAACAUUUUUCGCCAGCCACAUUAUCAGAUAGUGAGGAGUCUGGGGCUGUUGAUUUGAAAUAUAAAGAAAAAAGCAAGAACUCUGAUGAAAUGGAUGAGAAAGCUGGACAGAGCAUUCAAAAGGUGUCAGCCCUAAUUUUGCCACCAAGAAAGAAUAAGAUGGUUAGUCGGGACGACCUUGGAGAUGGUGUUCGGAGGCAAGGGAGGACCGGGCGUGGUUUUGCAUCCACUAGGUCUCUCACACCAAUGACAACUGAAAAGCUUGGCAAUGUGGGAACAGCAAAACAGCUUAGAAGUGCUGAACUCAGAUUGGAUAAGACUGAAAGCAAAACAGGUCGACCACCCAGUCGGAAACUCUCUGAUCGCAAGGCUUAUACACGUCAGAAGCAUACUACAAUCAAUGCAGCAGCAGAUUUUCUUGUUGGUUCAGAUGAUGGACAUGAAGAGCUAUUGGCUGCUGCAAAUGCUGUUAUUAAUCCUGUUCAUACUUUUUCUAGCUCAUUCUGGAGGCAGAUGGAACCGUUCUAUGGCUUUAUAACUGAUGUAGACAUAGCCUAUUUAAAGCAGCAGGGAAAUCUUGGGUCCACUGCGGCAACGUCAACCGCAGAACCUUUUGAUGCAGAUAGUUACUGUGCAGUCCCUAAUGGAUUUUGGUUGAUGGAAACUGUGAGAGAUGCAACUGAAACAAAAACUGUUGGAAUCAGCCCUGAUUAUUUAGCUUCAGGAAUGAGGACUCCUAAUGAGAUUCCCCUUUACCAAAGGCUCAUUGCCGCGCUAAUUCCCGAAGAAGGAAACGAAGAGCUUUGCUGCAGUGGAAAUGAAGAUAUUAAAUUUGAUGCCUAUGGAUCUGGAUUGGAGCUGGAGACAGAUAUGGAAUGUAAUACUUUCCAUCACCGGAUGUCAAGAAGCAUUGAGCUUGCUGGAGCUGAUGGUUACAAGAUUAAUUGUAACGGGCGGUCAUUUAAUGAGCUGGAGCACGAUACGCGGGAUCACAUUGUGGCGAUUCCAGACACAGAGAUUACUUCAAACUUUGACCAUUCCCAAAAUGGCUUACUCCUAGACCAAGCAAUGAUACCUGGCACAGCCUGUUCUGAGUAUCAGUAUAAUAAUAUGUCCUUAAAUGAAAGAAUCCUUCUUGAGGUUCAUAGUAUUGGACUUUACCCUGAACCAGUGCCUGAUUUAGCACAGACUGGGGAUGAAGAAAUCAGUGGGGAUAUCAGUAGACUAGAAGACAAGUACCAAGAACAGGUUUUCAAGAAGAAGGGCUUGCUGGGCAAACUGUUAAACUCUGCUUCUGAAACCAGAGAGCUUCAAGUAAAGGAGUUUGAACUGCGUGCCAUUGACAAACUCGUAGGAAUGGCUUAUGAGAAGUAUAUGAAUGCUCCUGGGGGUAAGAGUGCCAGUAGCAAAAUGGCCAAGCAAGCUGCCUUAGCUUUUGCUAAGAGGACAUUGGAAAGAUGCCAUGAAUUUGAGGAGACAGGUAAGAGCUGCUUCAGUGAGCCCUUAUUUAGGGACAUGUUCCUUUCUGGAUCUUCCCGCCUUAAUGAUGCACAAGCAACAAAGACUAUUAGCGAUGGUGAAUCUGGCAAACUUUAUGUCAACACAUCCGGCUGUUCUUUGGAAGUUAGAACUUCAGCUUCCCUUGGCGCACAGCAAAGCCCUUCUUUAAACACCCAUGAAUUUUACUCCUCUGCUGUGUUUUCGUCAGCAAAUCUCUCUUCUGAACAAAUUAUUGGCACAGAAGAUACAUGGUCAAAUAGGAAAAAGAAGGAGUUGUUGCUUGAUGAUGUUGGCGGGACAAUUGGCACAUCUCCGGGUGCCCCUUCAGGCAUUGGAAGUUCGCUUUCAAGCAGCGCAAAAGGAAAGAGGAGUGAGAGGGACAGAGAGGGAAAGGGGAACAGCAGAGAGGUGUUAUCCAGAAAUGGAACUACCAAAAUUGGAAGGCCAACAUCAGGGAAUGUUAAAGGAGAAAGGAAGUCUAAAACAAAGCCUAAGCAGAAAACAACUCAGUUAUCUGUGUCUGUCAAUGGUCUUCUUGGAAAGAUAUCGGAGCAACCUAAAGCAACAAUAACUUCAAUGAUGAAGUCAAGUGAAAUGAUUGCAAGUGGCAGUGCCAAGGAUAAAGAUGACUUUAGUUUAGAUGGAUUGGAAGACCCCAUUGAUUUAUCUAACCUGCAAAUCCCUGAGAUGGAUGUUUUAGGCGUUCCUGAUGAUCUUGAUGGUCAAGGGCAGGACCUUGGUUCAUGGUUGAAUAUCGAAGAUGAUGGACUACAAGAUCAUGACUUUAUGGGCCUUGAAAUUCCAAUGGAUGAUCUAUCUGAUUUAAAUAUGAUGGUCUGAGGUUGCUGUUGUUGUACAUUCCUGUUUAGUAUACUAUUUACUGAAGAAACAUCGCAGUGUCAAGAUAUGACCAGUUACAUGGAUGGUCAUUUGACUGACCACUCCAUAAUUAGGCUACAAAUUCUUUCGGAUACUCCUGGACAAGUUGAUUCUCGAGUGAGCCCUUCGGAUGUUUUGGAUUUUGCUCCUUUUUAAGCUGGUGACUUAGACUGUAAAAAUCUUUUUGUUCAACGUACAAGCUAGUAUGUCCUAGUCAUUAUAUCGUAGCAACCACCGUAUUCUGGUUGUGACAAUCACAUAUCAGAGAACAAUGCCCUCUGUACAUAAAAUUUAUGUUUUCAAUAAAGUCAGCUUUUUGUUC